UGGAUGUAAACAUGGCCGGUUGGUGAUGCGGUCUUUGGGAGUGCAAUAUUGGAUAGGUUUAUAUUUUCCACUCGUUACCAUGCUGUUUCGGUGAACGUAAAGAGGUGAUGAGUGCAGCCAAAUCAUCCUCUGAUGUUCCGGGCGACAGCGACGGCGCAUUCCAUUUUAAAUCCGGAUCAUCGAGGAUGAUGGAAGGUGCACAUGAAUUGUUACCACUGUUGCAGGAGAGGCUCAUUAUCCUCACAGGUGGCAGAGACCUUCGUGGUGGCCCUGUUCUCACAUUUCCAGCAAAUUCUAGGACAGACAAGUUAAGGCCUGAGGAAUUGCGAAAGGUUUUAACCUACCUGUCCAGCAUACCUUGUGAGGAGGCGAGAGAACUGGGAUUUUCAGUGGUGAUCGACAUGCGAGGAUCGACAUGGGUUGUUGUCAAACCAAUCCUGAAAGUUCUCCAGGAGUGUUUUCCUGCUAAAAUUCAUGCGGCCUACAUCAUAAAGCCUGAUAACUUCUGGCAGAAGCAGAGAACGAGCAUGGGCAGUUCCAAAUACAAAUUUGAGACAAACAUGAUAUCCCCAGAAGCACUGCUAAAGUAUAUUGACCCAUCACAGUUAACAUCAGAUUUGGAUGGAACUCUUCCCUAUGAUCAUGGCCAAUGGCUGGAACUUCGAAUGGCUUUAGAGAAAUUCCUUUGGAAGACUAGUGAAUUGCUGGAACGCUUGGAGCUCAUGAAGGAGGACCUUGUAAGCAACAAGUUUGCCGAGGAUGUUGCCGGCGCCAAACGUAUGAUCGAGGACCAUCUGAAUGCAAAGAAACGGGUCCUGCAGAUCCCAGUUGACGAGGUAGAUCUGGAAGGGCAACAGGUGUUGCACAGGCUGGGCAUGGGCAGCAGCGGGGGUGGCAGCAGCGAUUCUGGUUACUCGGGCGGCCGGGAGAGUGGAUGCGGCUUGACCCAGGACACGGCGGGUCCCCAGGUGGUGCGUCUGCUAGAGAGCCUGCGCGUGGCCCGGCAGCAUGUGCUGCAGCUCUGGCACGUGCGCAAGGUGCAGUUGGACCAGGCGUUACAGCUGCGCCUCUACCAGCAGGACGCGCAGAAGAUGCUGGACUGGAUAUAUCACAACAAGGACCUUUUCUUAAUGAACUACGUCGAAAUAGGGCAUUCCACUCAGGAUGCUAAAGUUUUGCAAGAGGAGCAUGACCACUUCACUAUGGCAUCAAUGAAUGUUUAUGUGAACAUCAACCGAAUCUUGGUGAUGGGCUCGCGGUUGAUUGACGGUGGCCACUACGCAGCAGCAACUGUGCAACAGAUUGUUGCUGCUCUGGAUCAUACCUGGAAGGAAUUUGCGGCGGGACUCGAUGAGAGGACCACAGUAUUGUCCCUCUCCGUACUUUUUCACCAGAAGGCGCAACAGUACUUGGGAAAUGUGCCAUCUUGGAACAAGUCAAGUGAAAUCUCAACCAUUCCUCGUGAGGUGACUGCAUUAGAGGAGCUGAUUUCCAAACAUCAGUCGGUGUACGAAACAAUGUGUCAAGCCUAUACAGAGGUGCACAGUGCUAGCAAGAAGCUGCUUUAUCAGCUGGACCACCUCGUUCAGGUGUGUCAUCCAUCGAAGGCUGAUCCCCACAAGCAUGGUGUGGCAGAGGGCAGUGCCCUUCUUGCCAGCUGCCAGGCGGGCGACUACUCUGAGGGGGCCAAGCAUGUGCUGUCUGUCAUUCACGAGAUUCUGGGGCAACACCGUACACUGGAGACCAAAUGGCAUAAGAAGAAACUGAAGCUGCACCAGCGACUGGCGUUGCGUCUCUUUCAGGAGGACGUGCGCCAGGUUUUGGACUGGUUGGAAAAGCACGGAGAGGUCUUUCUGCGGAAAAACCCUGGCAUUGGACGAAACCUUGUUAGGGCCAGAGUCUUACAGAAGAGCCACGAACACUUCGAAAAUGUUGCGCAGAACACAUACACAAAUGCGGAGAAGCUACUGGCUGCGGCGGAGGAGCUGGCGCAGACUGGCGAGUGCAACGCGGACGACAUCUGCGGCGUGGCCCAGGACUUAGAAGACCAGAUCACCAGCUUCGCGACACGUGUUGAGCAGCGGAGACAGCUUCUGCAGCUAGCGGUCAUCUUUUUCACGCAUGACAAGGAGCUGAGCAGUUGGUUUGAGGAGCUGCGUGCAGAGCUGCAGAGCAACAAGGUGGCUGACUCAGCUGAGGCCGCAGAGCAGCUGCUGGGACAGUUCACGCAGCAACGAGAUUCAACUCUGGAUGCGGCUGUCAGCACCAUAAGUGAAGGGGAAACUCUCCUUGAAGAGCUCAGAAGCUUAGGUAUGACUGCUGAGACAGACAGUACUGGCUCAUACGCUGCUGUCGAAGGGACGCUGGAAGCUCUCACACGGACGCGGGAGGAGUUGGAAGCACUUUGGAGCAACCGCAAGCUUCAGCUGGACCUGUGCUUGCAGUUGCGCCUCUUCGAACGCGAUUCUAUCGAGCUGAGCUCUCAGCUGGAGCUGUGGAUGAAGGAGCUGCGGCACACGGAGGUGACGAGGGAGCUGGCGCAGGCCGAGCGUUUGCUGCAGCUGCACACGGACAGCGUGGCCCACAUGCAGCAGGCGGUCUUCCAGCUGUUGCAGCGCGGCCAAGAGCUCUCCCAGGUCCUGGAGUCGUCAGGAGUGCAGGUGAUGGCAGACGGUCAGUACAAUGCCCAGAGUCGGAUUCAGGCUUUGCUCGAGUUCCUGCACGAACGCGAAAUGGACAUUGAGGACUUGGCUGAGGUGAAAAGGGUUCGCCUAGAGCAGUGCAUUCAGCUGUGCCAGCUGGAGAAGGAUGCCAACCAGGUGAACACGUGGAUCAGGAAUGGAGAGGCGAUGCUCUCUGCCACGUUUGUGAUUCCGACUUGCCUCCCUGAAGCUGAGCAGUUACGCUCCCAACAUGAACAGUUUCAGCUGGCAAUAGAGAAAACUCACGCGAGUGCCAUUCAGAUCCAGCAGAGGGCAGAGUCUCUAGUGCAAGCCAACCACUAUGACCCAGCAGCAGUACGAUCUGUUGCGGAAACGGUGGACACCUGGUGGCACCGCAUGAUGACCCACGCUGAGGACAGGCACAGAAUGGUCACGGCUUCGCUGCGCUUCUACAAGACUGCAGAGCAGGUGUAUUCGGUUCUGGACAGUCUGGAGCGCGAGUACCGCCGUGACGAGGACUGGUGUGCCGGAGGUGAAGAGUCUGAGGGCACAAACCGUGGAGCACAGCUGGCGCAGCUGCUUGCCAAGCACCAGGAGAAGAAGGAGGCCUUCCUCAAGGCCUGUACCAUGGCCAGGCGCAACGCCGAGACCUUCCUCAAGUAUACGGCCCGGUGCAGCCAGCACUGUGCAGGCCAUGGCGACAGCAACUACAGAGGCCCGGAGGCCAAGGUCAAAGCUUUGAUGGAGCAGUUGCUGAAGCAAGAAAACAAGGUCCUGGAGUAUUGGACUGUGCGCAAAAAGCGUUUGGACCAGUGUCAGCAGUAUGUUCUAUUUGAGAGGAGUGCAAAACAGGCCUUGGGGUGGAUCAAAGACACUGGAGAACACUACCUUACCAGCCACAACAGUGUUGGUGACAGCCGGGAAGAGACAGAGCGUCUACUCAAAGAACACAACGAGUUCAAGGGGAAUGCUAAAGAGACAAGGGAGAAGGUCCGUCUGCUCCUGCAGCUUGCCGACAGUCUUGUCGAGCGCGGCCAUGCUCACGCUAGUGCCAUCAAGUGCUGGGUAGCCGCCGUGGAUCAAGGGUACAAGGACUUCAGCCUCCGAAUGGACCAGUACCGGAGUCAGCUGGAGCGGAAGCUUGGGAUCCAGGUUGAGGAAACCAAAGAGCUUUCCCUGGACCGGAACAGCGACCCUAAUUUGGAGAGCAAGGUCAAGGAGUCAACGGUGAAGGAGCUGAAUGAAGAGAAGCGCAAGUCAGCCCGAAGAAAGGAGUUCAUAAUGGCUGAGCUGCUGCAGACGGAGCGAAGUUACGUCAAAGACUUGGAGACGUGCAUCCACACAUAUAUGGCGGAACUGAAAAAUCCCGACAUCAGCAGGCCUCCUGGCAUUGUUGGAAAAGAGCUCGUCUUGUUCGGAAACAUGGAAGAGAUUUAUGAGUUCCAUAACAGUGUCUUCUUGAAGGAACUUGAGAAGUAUGAAACAAUGCCUGAAGACGUUGGACAUUGUUUUGUCACAUGGGCCCAGAAGUUUGAGAUAUAUGUCAAGUACUGCAAGAACAAACCGGAAUCGAAUGCCCUGCUAAUUCAACAUUCCAGGUCAUUUUUUGAGGAAAUUCAACACAAGCAUGGAGUUCCCCAUCCAAUCCCAGCCUAUCUGAUCAAGCCAGUUCAACGGAUAACAAAGUAUCAGCUGUUGCUGAAGGACCUCCUAGCGUGCUGCGAAGACGGUGUGCAGGGGGAAAUCCGGGAUGGGUUGGAAGUCAUGCUGAAUGUACCAAAGAAGGCCAAUGAUGCCAUGCAUUUAAGCCUACUUGAUGGCUGUGAUGUGUCUCUCGACCAGCUGGGUGAGGUGGUGCUGCAAGACUCCUUUCAAGUGUUUGAUUCACGGGCGAUCAUUCGCAAGGGUCGUGAGCGGCACAUCUUUUUGUUUGAGCUGUACUUGCUCUUCAGCAAGGAGAUGAAGGACCCCAAUGGGAAGGUCAAAUAUGUCUACAAACAGAAACUUAUGACCUCUGAGGUGGGCAUCACAGAGCAUGUUGAAGGUGACGAGUGCAAAUUUGCCGUCUGGACAGCUGUUUGGACAGAGCAUGGACCCACAUCUGAGAACAAGAUUAUUUUAAAGGCUUCCUCUCUGGAAACGAAGCAGACGUGGGUGAAAAAAUUGCGGCAGGUGAUUCAGGAGACUUACUUCAACUCUGCUCUCUCCACCCUUAACCUCAACAAGAGCAGUAAGCUGACGUCGAAGCUGUUCAGCAACCGAUCAAGCAGGGACUUGGAAGAUUCCUCUCAGGACGAAGGGCUGACUGACCUCCAGGAGCGGGUGUCGGUGGCAUCCUUUGGCUCUUCAAAUACCACGGACAGCGAGAAGGGCACGGACCCGGACGACCAGACGCCCAGCAGCCAGGGCGAGCCGUUUGAGCUGGUGCCUCCCGUGGUAGACCUCAGCCCCAGCGGUUGCCCGACCGUCCCGCCGUUGCCGUCGCCCGGAAACAAGCGCCGAGGCACCUUCCGAAAGUGGCUGACCAAUCCCGUGCGAAAGCUGAGCCAUGGCCGCCUGGAUAAGGUGGAUCCUGCUGCUGCCAAAGGCACCCCCACUCCACCUUCUAAGAAGCUGGCACCUCCUGCUGUCCCACAUACCUCCAAGUUGCUGAGCUCCAAAGAAGAGAUGGGUAACAAGUCAUCAUCUCCAGGGCCUCCAUCAAAGCCAAGUGAUACCAUUGAGCACUCAACGCAACAGAAGUGCUGUGUUGGCUCAAAGUCCUCUUCGAUUGAUGUUGACCCUGGCGGGACUGUGGAAGAGGAGGAGGUUUGUGAGUUGCCCCCUCCCAUGGAGAUCCAAGACCACCUGUUCAAGCCCCAGCAGACUCCCGACUUUACGAUCGACCCUGCAGAGCCCGAAGAAAAAACGUUACCCUGUGUACUCGAGCUACCAUCCAAAGAGAAACAGAUACUGAUCGCUCAGGAUGAUGACUCGGAGACCACAACCUCUCAGGAAGACCCACAAGAAGGCUGCCUAGAAACGAUUGUACCUGACGGAAGGGAGCGGGAGAAAUUUUUGCAAAAGCGAAGCUUUGUGUUAAAGGAACUUGUCGACACAGAGCAGCAGUAUGUCAUUGACCUCGGCUACAUUGUGGAGGGGUACAUUGCAAUGAUGCAGUCCGGAGAAGUGCCCAUGCCCGAGGACCUCAAAAACGGAAAAGACAAGAUUAUAUUUGGAAAUGUAGAAGCUAUCUACGAAUGGCACCGGGACCUGUUUCAAGCAGAACUAGAGAAGUGCUUAGAAGAGCCAGAAAGACUUGGCCUGCUUUUUCGGCGCUAUGAAAGGAGGCUCAACAUGUAUGUGGUGUACUGUCAGAACAAGCCUAAAUCGGAGUACAUUGUUUCUGAAUACAUUGAGACCUAUUUCGAAGAAAUCCGUCAAAAGCUUGGCCACAAACUACAGCUGCCUGAUUUGCUCAUAAAACCAGUUCAGCGCAUCAUGAAAUACCAGUUACUCCUAAAGGACAUUCUCAAGUACACGGAGAGGGCUCAACUGCACAAAGAAGCCGAAGAUUUACGAAAAGCAGUGCACAUCAUGCACGUGGUCCCCAAAGCUGCCAAUGACAUGAUGAAUGUUGGGAGGUUGCAAGGCUUUGACGGUAAAAUCACUGCCCAGGGCAAGCUAUUGCUCCAGGGGCUGCUCUUGGUGAGCGAGCCAUCAUCAGGUGCCAAGUUUCGGGAGCGUCAAGUGUUCCUCUUCGAGCAGAUCAUCAUUCUAAGUGAAGCAGUGGGCGUAAAGACACACUUUUCCAACCAGGCAUACAUCUACAAGAACCACUUGCAGGUGAACAAGAUGUCGCUCAACGAGCACACGGAGGAUGGCGACCCACUCAAGUUCAUGCUCUGCUCCAAAGACCCGCACCAGGAAGGUGUUUCCUUCGUCAUUCAGACCCCCUCCAUGGAAGCCCGCAAUGAGUGGGUCUGCAACAUCCGUGCCAUCCUAGAAACCCAGUUGGAUUUCCUUAGAGCGAUACAGUCCCCUAUAGCGUAUCAAAAAGAGCUCACCAAGGACAUCUCUGCGCCGGAGCUGGGCUCCCUGUGGAACCCAUCGCUGCGCAAGACGCUGUCGCACCCGGCGGCGGCCCACAAGUCGGUGCGGAGUGCAGCCAUUUCGGACAGCGUGCCGAGCCUGACGUCCAAGUCGAUGCGGCACCCGGGGCGGGACAAGAAGCUGUUGCGCCCCGGAGCAGCAGCAGCAGCGGUGGCGGGGGCCACUCCCGAGGCGGCGCCUGCUGUGGAAGAGCCGCAGCAGCGCAAGCAGUCGUGCCCCACGCAGCAGAGCCCGGGCAAGGGCAAGCGCAACUUCUUUGAGGGCUUCCGGAACACGCUGCGGCCCAAGGCAGCCAGCAAGUCGGACGCACCGCUGUGCUUCAGUCACAGCCUGGAUUCGGCCAGCAGGCCUGCAACCUUGGACCCUGGCGGGGACGGGCGCCGCUGGUCGGAGACGUCGCACCCGGGAGACGGCGUUUUCGUCGAGCCCGUGUCCUGCAUGCCGACGCACCUCGGAGCCUGUGCCAUGUUGAUGAGCCGCGUGGUGCUUCACAGUGCGGCAACGGUCUCGUGGAUUUUGCCGGACGGAAGCAAGGUUCCGGCCGAAUCGGGUCCCAGGGGAGUGCUUUUCCGGAUGGGCGCGUCUGAGUGCGAGCACGCGCCAGAGAAGCGCGAGCGGACGUUGUCCGAAAGGUGCUCGGCUCUCCUGCACUCUGAUGGCACGUGCACGCUGGAAGUGAGCGACUGCCGGGUGGCAGACUCUGGCGUGUAUACCUGCAUCGUGGAAGAUGAUCAGAGUGCACCAGUGUCGUCGGCAGCGCACUUCGUUGUCAUGGGGAAGCCGAGUGAGCCAGGCAAACCUCACGUUGUGGAUGCUCAAGGAACCAUGCUGCAGCUACGAUGGGAACCAUCCCGAGACACGGGAAAUUGUCCUAUGGUGGGAUACCUCGUGGAAAAAAGCAUUGCAGGCCUGGAUUCAUGGGAAAUAGCGGGGCCUCCCACAGCAAGAUGCACUCAGACUGUGCACUGCGAUCCUGGCUGUUACGUGUUUCGUGUGUUAAGUAACACCGAACUGGGAACAAGUGAUCCCGGCCCAGUUUCUGAGCGGAUUAACGUCACAGACGACAUUUGCCACGCGCAGUCAGGGGUUGUCCUGUGGAGGAAAGACUUCUUGGACCAUUACCUUGAGGUAGCUGAAUGUGGAAGGGGACGAUUUUCUACUGUCAAGAAAUGCAUCCAUAAUAAAACUGGUGAUCGGGUAGCAGCUAAGAUGAUUAGCGGUCAAUACCAGCCCUGCUCAGUCGUAGAGCACGAGUGUCAAAUCCUGAGGGGCCUCCACCACCGAGGACUCUUAGAACUGUUGGAGUGCUACCGAACUCCAACCAGCUGCAUUCUCGUGUUCCCAUUUGUUGAUGGUCUGAGGCUCUUUGAACAUAUUUGCCUGAGGUGGGCCUCUUACAGCGAGCAUAGCAUUUGCAUCUACAUUCGCCAAUUGCUAAAUGCUCUGGAUUACCUUCACAUGCACGGGAUUGUUCACCUUGAUAUCAAGCCAGAAAAUUUGCUAGUGGAAGAAUGCAGUGAAGUACUCAAGCUAAUCGACUUUGGUGAUGCUCGAAGGGUCUUGGCUGCUCCAUGCAAGGUGGCUUUGGUUGGGAACCCUGAAUUUUCCGCUCCUGAGAUCAUAAAACAAGGGUCAGUCACUACAAGGGCCGACCUCUGGAGCUCUGGAGUGCUGGUCUACGUGCUUUUGGUCGGCCUGUCGCCUUUUCUGGGUGACAGUAAUGAGAGCACUUGCGCCAACAUCACGACUUCCAGUUACACUUUCCCAGACUCACCCAAGCUAUCCGAGUCGGCUCAUGAUCUCAUUUUCAGGCUACUGAUCGCUGAUCCUCACAAGCGCCCUAGCGCUAGUGCCACAUUGGCACAUCCUUGGAUGAAGGAAGCAUCAGUGGAACCCUUAAUCAGCAGCUCUUUCCUGAUGGCAUUUGUAAAUAGGAGGGACAAAAUGGUGGCAAACGCAAAGCUGAUCCAGUCCUGACAUUGUGACUUGCGUGGUUAAAUCAUCUACAACUGUACAUAAGAUAUAGACAUGAUCAUAUAUAGGAUAGAAUACCUCAAUAAAAGCUCCUAACUGGAUUUUUUUUUUUAAAUCACAUCAUGUAUAAUAAACAUUGCACUGUGAAUAGAA